AUGCUGCGAGGGCCGCGGGCCCUGGCUCCGGCCGCGGGGCCACCCCUCAAGGGGCUGCCCGCGAUGAGCCCCACGGAGCUGUGGCCGCCGGGCCUCAGCAGCCCUCAGCUCUGCCCGGCCACCACCACCUACUACACCCAGCUGUACCCGCAGACUGUGCCUCCCGCUGCGGCGCCGGGCACCUGCCUCGACGCCACCCCCCACGGACCGGAGGGCCAAGCUGUGCGAUGCGUGCCUGCUGGCCGGCUGCCGGCCAAAAGGAAGCUGGACCUGGAGGGGAUCGGGAAGCCUGUGGUCCCUGAAUUCCGGACUCCCAAGCGGAAGUGCAUUAGAGUGGAUGGCCUCCCCAGCCCCAAAACCCCCAAGUCGCCUGGGGAGAAGACUCGCUAUGACACGUCGCUGGGGCUGCUCACCAAGAAAUUCAUUUACCUCCUGAGCGAGUCUGAGGAUGGGGUCCUGGACCUUAACUGGGCUGCUGAGGUGCUGGACGUGCAGAAGCGGCGCAUCUACGACAUAACCAAUGUGCUGGAGGGCAUCCAGCUCAUCCGCAAGAAGGCCAAGAACAACAUCCAGUGGGUAGGCAGAGGACUGUUUGAAGACCCCACCCGGCCUGGGAAGCAGCAGCAGCUGGGGCAGGAGCUGAAGGAGCUAAUGAGCAUGGAGCAGGCCUUGGACCAGCUCAUCCAGAGCUGCUCUCUGCACUUCAAGCACCUGACGGAGGACAAGGCCAACAAGAGACUGGCCUACGUGACUUACCAGGACAUCCGUGCUGUGGGCAGCUUUAAGGAGCAGACGGUGAUCGCUGUCAAAGCCCCUCCGCAGACGAGACUGGAAGUGCCUGACAGGAGCGAGGAGAACCUGCAGAUAUAUCUGAAGAGCACGCAGGGGCCCAUCGAAGUCUACCUGUGCCCGGAAGAGGUGCAGGAGCCCAACAGUCCUGCCAAGGAGCCCCUCCCCUCCACCUCCACCCUCAGUCCCAGACCUGACCCCACCCAGCCCAGCAGCAGCAUCAACCCUGGAAUCACGGAAUCCACGGCAUCCUCAGGGCCUGCACCAGCGCUGACGUCCCAGCAGGUCCUGCCACCACUCCCGCCGUCCCUUGUCCCGCUGGAGGCCACCGACAGCAUGCUGGAGCUGCCACACCCACUCCUGCAGCAGACGGAGGACCAGUUCCUGUCCCCAACACUGCCGGGCAGCUCCCCUCUGAUCAGCUUCUCCCCGCCCUUGGACCAGGAUGACUACCUGUGGGGCCUGGACGGCGGGGAGGGCAUCAGUGACCUCUUCGACACCUAUGACCUCGGCGACCUGCUGAUUAACUGA